AUGAUGUACAUGGAGAACAUGCGAGGUUAUUUGGGGAAAAUAAGUACCUCAUAUGCCGAGAGGCAAAGCAAUCUGUGGUACACCUUCAACGGCCCCCAACCAACAAACCCUCCCCCAAAGUUGAUGCUGGGAUUCCCUUCCCUCGAGUCCAUUCUCACCCACAUAUUCCCCUAUCCCGCCAACCAAUACUCUGCCAAGCCUCUUAUCACAGGCUUCACGCUACCCUCGUGGGGCAUUUCCGAGCGCUUGUUCCCAGCAUAG